UUGACAUUAGAAGCUUGUGUGGGAAUACUUGUUUUGUAUUUCUUCCUGAGUUAAAACAUUUCUGUUUCGGCAUAAAUUAAUCAAAUUCGACAAAAAUACGUCCACAACAUGUAGUGGCUCUCAACAGUGAUAACGUAACGGCUCCGUAAAAUAUAAUAUAACAAAAAAAAAACGCGUGCGUUCCUUCUAGAUAUAACAUAUUAACUAAUCAAUAUGUAAAGCCAUAGGUGGCAUUAAAAUCUUUAGCAAAGUGAAAAAAAAUUGCAAGUGACAAAAAAAAAACCAAAAGAAACCACAAGCACUACUCGAUACGAGGUCAAACAAAACAUCGCGACGUAAUUGUUAGUGAAAGUAUUUCGAUUGCUGCAUAUUAUAUCACUUCAAAUAUAAGAAUAUAUUCAUAUUUGCACAUAAAAGAGAAUAUUUGAAGUGAAAAUACGUGUCACUAAGUUUAUUAUCUACGCUGUCUCAAGUGGUGCGCCUUUUUAAAAUCAAAAGCGGGUUGUUGGGAAUAAACACCCCAAUUUUUUGUGCUCAAAAAGCCGUUGCGCACAAAGCGGCAGCUGCUGAAUCAUGCAGCCAACGUUGUUUGUUGAAAAGUGGCAAAUAAUUUGCUUUAUGUUUGUUUAAUUAAUAUCAAUAACACAAAUCACUGAAAUUGUGUGCUCACAUAAAUUCAUUUAAGCGCAAAUUAGAAUUGUAAAUAUUUUGCAAUAACCACAGUAUAUUAUUUGUGUAAACCAUAACAAUAACAGUGCGUUAAAAAAAGGAAAAUAAAGUGAAAUAUGGAUAGUUCAAUGGUUUUUGGAGUGUUUCGCAAUUUAACCGCAAGUGCAUUGGAUGCGAAUAGCGCAGAGACCGACAUGGAUUCAGAAGAUAUGGAUACAAUGUUUAAAGCUACCACUAUGCCAACUGUUUUGACCACCUCCACCACAGCAGCACCGGACCACGAGCCAUCAGUGUCAAUGAAUAAUUUCUAUCCUGCUUUGGUGCAAUGUUUCGGCAUCAUUAUAUGUGGUUACAUUGCUGGCCGCUUCAAAAUCAUUUCGAAUUCGGAAACUAAAGGCCUUGGCACAUUCGUCGGCACAUUCGCAUUGCCAUCGCUGAUCUUUCUCUCGCUGGUCGAGCUCAAUUGGAACACGGUGAAUUGGACCUUCUUACUGGCCAUGACCCUAUCCAAAUCGAUUGUAUUCUUUGCUGUGCUCGUGAUCUCACUGCUCAUAACACGACCACUGAAUUAUGCGCGCGCCGGCCUCUUGAGUAUUUUCUGCACGCAGAGUAAUGAUUUCGCGAUUGGCUAUCCGAUUGUUAUGGCGCUGUACAAAGACGUGCAUCCCGAGUAUGCCUCUUACUUGUAUUUGAUGGCGCCCAUUUCGUUGGCGCUACUGAAUCCCAUCGGCUUGGUGUUAAUGGAAAUCUCGAAAAUCAUGCAAACCAAAGCCGAAGCGGCACAAGAAGCACCAAUCUGCCCAGAAACCUGUCCAGCCGAACAGCUGACAAAGCGCACACGUUGUGUGGGUGAAAAAACGCUCUUGAUAUUGCAUACACUAAAAUCGCUCUUCUUCAAUCCAAUGUUGUUGAUGACCCUGUUGGGAGUUGGUGGCGCUUUCGUCUUUCCAAAUGGUCUACCCGAAGUGAUAGCGAGCGUUUUGCGCGUUUUCGGUCAGUCAUUUUCAGCGACGGCGCUUUUCCUGCUGGGCUUGAAAAUUGUCGGACAAGGUGGUUCAUUGCGUGGCGCAGGCUUUUUGCUACCCGGCAUCUUGAUAUUGGUGAAAAUUUUGGUUUUGCCGCUAGUGUGCCGUCAAACGGUGAAUAUCAUGCAAGCGGGCACAGAUUUCAAUGAUACAACUGAAUUGAGCACCUUCGGCUUUUUAUAUGGCACCUUUCCGGCCGCACCGGGCGCUUUCGUCAUUGCCACACAAUACAAUGUCGAAGUGGAAUUGGUCGCUACCGGCAUGGUACUCUGCACAUUCAUCUCCGCGCCGCUUAUGUUCAUCUCGGCGAAAAUGAUCUCCAUCACCAAUUUAAAUCCCGUCGACUAUAUACACGAGUUGGAUGUAUUUUCUUUCGAUAUAAGCGUUGCCGGCGUGGCUGCCUGCAUCUGGGUUUUGCUUUUAUUGAUUGUAACGAAGCGGUUUAGACGCAUGCCGCACCGCGUCACCUUCUGUUUGGUGUUGUCGCAACUGAUGUGCUGCACCGCCAUCAUUAUUUGGGCGAAAUUCGAUCAUGUCGAGAAGUGGCUGAUUUAUCUGCAAUUCUUUCUCUUCAAUAUGGGCACAUUCAGCAGUCGUUUGUGGACCGCCAUCUUGGCAAUUUCCUUGCUCUUCCUGCAGUGUCGCAGCUUGUGUUUCGUACUCAACAUGUGGCCCUAUAUGGUCGCCUUCGCUUGGGGUGUGCCCGCCAUAAUAUCUGGUCUGCUGAUCGCCUUGGAUAGCAAGAUUUUAUUGCCGGAUAAACAUAAUCCUUGCUUUCAAUAUGGCACUGCGCAGGCUGCAGUCACUGUAUUCAUGCUUGUCAUGUGUUUCUUUGUUACGGUUGGCUGUUUGGUAAUGCAUCAGCGUUACAAGAAGCGUUAUGAGAAGUACUUGACAUAUACACGCGAAUUAUCCAAUCCUGACUCAGAACCCUCUGACUUGCAAUCGACCAUAUCUACCGCGAAUUUGCUCACGAAUGCUGAUGGUGCGCGUCUCUCCAAUGGCAGCGUGCCCGUGCAAAGACGUCGUUAUGGUUCGUACUCUUCAUCGGACGAUGAUGAUAUUAUCUCGACAGCCGAUAAUGGGCCCAACACCAUAGCUGGCGGCUGCGGUGGUGGUGGUGGUACUUGUUGCUCCAGCACUACCAGUCCAACAACUACAACGGUUGUUGUAGAUAUCGAAGAUUUGUUGGGACGCCGUGAAGCGGCUGCCAAAUCAGCUGCUGAAAGCAUGGCGCGUAAGCGUAGCAAUGAUACAGCCACCACGCCAUCAACAGACCAAUUUGAAGAUGAAAAUCUUGGCAUACGUUCGGGCAUCUGCAGUCCAGCUUUCAAUUGUGGCGCGAGUUCUUCACGUCAAAAUUGCCAAUCGAUUAUCGAGCGCUAUCAAGAUCAGUCACGUCGUGGUCUAGAGCCAUUGGAAUAUGCUAAUGAUGCUGAUGAAUAUCAGACUUUGAAGCAUACAGUAUUGUUGGUGUUGUUGCUCUGCUCCAUGUUUGUGGGCUUAUCUGUCUCCAUUUGGACUCUAGUCAUGGAUGGCAUGUCUGGUAUUUAUUUGGAAUUGAGUUUUCUGGACGCUUUCUUGAACUUCGGACAGAGCUUAAUCGUUUUGGCGCUAUUUAUCACUGACACCAGCGAAUUGCUGACACCGUUCGUGAAGAUUUGGCGCAAGUUGUGGUACGGCGCAAAUGUUUUAACGUUGCCACUUUGGACAAGCCUCAACCCGGAGACCAAGCAUAUUUGUGAGCAGUUCCGCAAUCAUCAUUUGGACAAUUGCAAGAAGGAUAUUGCCAAGGAUAGAAGGUGGCGCAUCCGUGUUUACCGCAAAGUAUUUUAUGGCACCGAAUUCGUGGAUUGGCUAAUGGAAGUUGGUCUCGCCAAGGAUCGCCUGGAGGCUGUGCAUUAUGCUAGGCACUUAGUGGACGGACGUGUGCUGCGGCAUAUAAACAAUGUUUAUCAUUUCGAGGAUAAACAGCUAUUAUAUAAUUUCUGUGCACGCAUGUAAAUUUAAGUACAACAACAACAAAACGUAAAUACGUAUAAAAUUACGUAUGCUUCAAGGAAUUUAAUUUCCUUUUUUCUCUGAUUAUUUUUUGUUUUUGUUUGUUUAAGUGCAAUAAUAUUAGUAGUAAGUGUAACUAUAAGUGUAAGGACGACGUUGUACCAAUGUAACGUUGGAUGUGGUGCUGUGAUGCGUGUCAAAUGUUAUUUUCAUAUAAGCUUAUAUGUAUUAAAUAUAUAUACAACAGUAUAUUAGCUGCUUUAUACAUACAUACACAUACAUAUAUACAAACAUAUACAUAUAUAGUUUAUAUAUAUAUAUUAGUUAUUGAAAGUUACUGGCGUAAGCAGCCAUUUACGUGAUUAACUUGCAUAUAAUCUACCCACUUAAACGCAAAUCAUUAUGUCUGUUUGAUUUAUUGCGAUUGUGGUUUAUUGUAAACCUUUAUUCACUAUUAAGUAUGUAUCUUAGGAAUUUGUAUUAACUAGUCGUUCUAGUUUUUAAUUUUUGUUGUAUGUUGUAUGCAUAAAAGAUCAUAUCACAAAGAAUUAUUAGCUUUCAAUUAGACAAUUCAAUUUAGACAAUCCUGCAACUAUUAUGUAAUUUGUUUUUGUAUUUUUUUAUUUUUUAAUUUUGUAAUUUUGUUUGUGCAAUUGUUUUACUCUAUAGUGUAUUUGAAUUGUACGAAGUGUACGCGCUAUGCCAAAUAUCUAUUGUAAAUUAGGGAAUUAUAUGUAUAAAUUUAGUGAACGAAACGUAUUUUUUGCAUAGAAGAAACGCCAAUUUUAUUGUGAAAAAAUGAAAAAUGAAGAAUAUUUGCUAGGCAUAAGUUGAUAUAUAAAGAUUGUGAUUGCUUUUAAGCACAAUUCGGUUUAUAAGCAAGUGCAGUUAGUUAGCAAGCUGCAAAUGAGAGAUAAUCUAUUCUAAAAAUAUUUUAGAAAAAUGUAAAUAUAUUAUAAAAUAAAGAAAUAAUAAAUUUGCUACGGUCACAAAGAAGCUGAAAAAA